AUGGCCAACCAAAGAUAAUAGGUCGAUCAGCUUAAGUACGCCCUCUGGUUAGCAAUCAUGUAGAGUAUAUCUCAAUAUCGAUAUUAGAUAAAAAUGAAUAAAUAGUGUAAUUUUUUAAUUCCCCAAAAAUUGAAAUUAAUGUUAAUGUCGCCUUAACAAAUCAAGGCAUAACAGCUCUGCACUAGGCAGCAAGCAAUGGAAAUUUGAAUUUGGUUUAAUUUUUAGUGGCAAUCCAAAAGGCAGACAUUGAUCAACAGGAUUUAGUAAUUUGUAAUGCAAAAAAUAGCUUGGAAGAACUUCGCUUCAUUUCGCAUGUGCAAUUGGCAAUCUUGCAAUAGUGGAUUAUUUAAUUCAAUCAAAGGCAUCGCCCAAUAUUCAAACUAUUGUAUAAUCGAUUUUUAUUGCAAGGGAGGAGAAUCACCAAUAAUGAAAGCAGCCUAAUUUCAUCAAUCACAAUUAUUAUCCUAUUUAAUUCAAACUCAUUCUGAUAAAAUCAAUUGGAAUCUAGUUAAUAAAGUAAAUAUUAUGAUUAAUAAAAGUUUGGACAUAAUGUUUUGCAUAUAUUUCGGAUUUCUUGUGUAAAUUCAUUGGAGAAAUAAAAUUAAAUUUAUUCACCAAUAAAUGAUGUGAUGGUUGAAUUGAUGGCAUCCAUUACAGCUGAAGGACAAUAAACAAUUUAAUGA